GUUCGUCUUUCUUCGCUCAUUGUGUCGUUGGUGAAACCGCCCUUGUUGCAUUAUCUUUUCUUUGUGAAUGGUAGGAAUAGCCGUGUCGACCCUACUAGUCUUAGUCUCUGCAGGAACAACUCGACCUGCCGCCACUUUCCUAUGUCAACCGAGCCUCCAUUUCUUUGCGUUUUGCCCCAUCACCACUCCUAACCGUUCUGGCGACAUAGAUCGGUGUGUGAGAACGACAAUCUUCCUGACGACGAAGCCAACUCCUUCUCAACGAUUUUCGGUCACACAGUCCCUCCGGUGUUAAAAAACGAUCUCUACCUGUGUAUGGGCUUAAUUGAUGAAGAAUGGGUCUGGAGCCUACGGCUACAUGGUACACUCUGCAUUCGAGGACCGCGCUUAAUCAACUGUUGUUUUGAUUUCACCGUGGCACCUGGAGUGGCCUCUAAGAUGAGCAUCGGUAAUGGCAACAAGAGGCUCUCGAAGCAGCUUGAGGAUGGAGAGCACGCAGGUAUCCAAGAAUUCCUCUGCAGCCCAAAAGCAACGACACCAAACCGACCAACACUCUACGAGAAUGAGAGGGGCGGCCUUGAUGAUAAGCAUUGAGAACGGGGAUCCAUCUCCACCGUCGGCGGCCUUGAGAUUCGGCAAGACUGAUUCGUCAAAUUCCUUAAACUGUGAUCCCAAGAGAAAUGACCAAUGCAAGGCCUGUCGCAGGUCCGGAAGCAGUGUGAAACCGCUUAUGGAAUGCAAGGCGUGCCGUGAAGGCUAUCACAUUGACUGUGGAAACCCGAAACCACUUCAAAGCAAGAAUCUCGAUGACUUCACCUGCGGAAGGUGUCUAGGAAAGUCGGAAGCUACGACCAGCAAAGAUGACUCGCUCAGAGGCAGCUUCGAUCGACCCUCUCCCACAGACGUGAUGGCUGUUGAUCCCAAUCCAUCCUUUCCCCGUUCCUUUGUCCAACCUGCUGAGUCCGCUCCUGUGUCGUCCUCGCAACUACAUGCAGACUCUUCAUCGCCAAUUGCCAAAUCCGCUCAAGACACAAAUCACACUGAUAUUACACCUCUAGCGGGCAACGACGAGACACCUCAGUCUCUCCGAAGGCCAAAACCAGUUACACGAUUCUCAGAGAUUGCUAGGUCGUCGCCGUUCCAUGCGCCACCACGCCACAAGUCGACUGCUCGAGCAGUGGCCACACCCCCAACUAGGCCUGGCACUGGCCAAGUAACAGCACGGCACGGCACAGAACAAAAGGAGCUCCAUUCCACACCUAUUCGACCAAUUACUGUCAGGCAUCUGGCUAGACGGACUAGAGGCAUUUCCUUGCGUCGUCCAACUAAAGGCAACUUGGGAGGGGCAGCUCAACCACCAACCGACCCCGACGACAGCCAGCGACAUGCAGUGGUGAUCGAAGCCGCGGGCCUGAAGAAAUGCGACGCUUGCAGCAAACAUAUCGAAGCUUCAAUUCAGCGCUGUGUCCUAUGUACAGUUAAGCGCGACAAUCUACUCUGGGAUGGCAGAGGUUGGGGCGACCCUCGCGCGCGGCCGGAAACAAUUACAAUUCCCGAUGAUGAGGACACAGGGCCAAUAGUGGUGACGAUUUCAGACGACGAAGAAGAAGAUAUGUCGGAGCGGUCGGAAAUUGCAACGGAAAAUGAUCGUAUGCGGCCUCACGCUUCAACUUCGCCCGUUCAGCAAGAUGUGAUCUCUACCUCUCUGAAACGUCACAUACCGGAAAAUUCAAUGUUCGUUUCAAGAAAGAGAUUUCAGCCGGAGCAGAUCUCUACUCCAGAGGCACACGACAUCAGUCAUUCAGCAGAAGUUCUGGGCACGGUUGAUAAGGAGACUUCAUUACAAGAAUCGGCAGAUGGCGCACGAGCAAUGGAUCCUCGGCGACGGAGUAGUAGUGCUUCAGCAUCAAUUCAAGACGCCGCUCAGAACACUGCCGCGCAGAGAGUCCUCUCCAACAAUGACAAUGCUCAGAAGAAUCAAACCAAUCUCAACAACAUGGCUAGUGGAGGUCGAAUGAACGUGACACCCGAGGACAAGGCUAGUAAAUGCCUGACUAAAGCUGGAUCCAACCCGACUGCGAACAUGGAUGACCCGACUGAUCGUGGGGAAGCCCCUAUUGAGACAGGUCGCAGGACAAGUGAAGAAAAAGGAGAUGACAAGUAUGAGUCGGCGUCGACACAGUCUCAGCCUUCGACUCGGGGCCGGCAGCCAUUACACCCUGAUUUUGCCCUCCCGAGACCCUCAACCGAGACAGAUGAGGACGUUGAAUCUGCUUCACGGUUAAGCUCACACUCACGCCCACGGUCGACGACUGAACCCUCGACCAUGGGCAUCUCGCCGUUGACAAACUCAACAGAAUCUCAAGCAUGCCAUCCGGCCCCUCCGUCGAAGAUACAUGAGCAUACUAGUCAAGCGCCCACCAAGAGUGUACAGGCCACGUGGACAGAAGAGGACGAAGCUCAAAAAUAUCACCGUUUAAGAGAACUUGGCAUUUUGUUUGAUUUACCAGAGCCCGAAGCUGACGCGACCAAUGACUAUGACGCCUUGAGAAAACCCCCUCGUCGGAUCGCUCAGCAUGAGAAGAAGCAGCAGCAGCCGGAAAAGUCUCAGUGGUUUUCUGACGUCCAUCCGUACCUCGGGGCUCGCAAAGACAAAGGGUUUGCUCCUGCGAGGUCCAUGCGUGUGAGGUGAGAUCUUCCAAGGAGCCAUCAGUUGGUAAUCUUGUGAAUGACCAAUGCCGAUAACACAUCAACAAAUUUGACAAUGCUCGUCAAGAACUCCAUUUUGUCUCAGAGUGGUGCAGGUCUUUACCAUGUGUAGCGAGGCAUUGAGUUUCAUACCACUCAAAACCCGAGCUGAAGCCGCGACAUUGCCCAUGAAGCCCGCCAGGUUCUUGGGCUCUCGCAGGAGCUGGUGUUUGACUCAAGAGGGGUGUGCAAGUGGCCCCUUCGGAAGUGAAGCGUGACAGGUAACCCUUGUCUUGUGUGACAGCUGGAAAGCGAGUGAUCAAACAUUUCCGUGGAUUUUACUUGGGCGGGGCGAUUUAUGGCUGUUUCCGCUGUGCGUAUGGAGAGCAAGAUGGCCUCUGAACGUCAACAGCCAAUGCAUGAUAGCGCUGACGACUGUGUGGGAGUGUUUGAUGCAUGGAACGCAACGACUUGCUUUAUGAUACCCGUGCCGCAUGUGAUUCUCGUCGAGAAAUCAUCGCGGAGUGUGCACAAACGUUAUGAAAUGGUGUAUUGAAAUUGAACUUAGACUUGCCAAUGGCAGGGGUUUGGUGUGCAUCUCAUGUACAGCGCAGAGCAUAGCACACCUGGAACACAUUGUACCUCUCACAGAACAAC